AUGGUCAAAACCUCCGUUCUCAACGAUGCGCUCAACGCCAUCAACAACGCCGAGAAGUCUGGCAAGCGCCAGGUUCUCAUCCGCCCGUCGUCCAAGGUCAUCAUCAAGUUCUUGACUGUUAUGCAGAAGCAUGGCUACAUUGGCGAGUUCGAGGAGGUUGACGAUCACCGCAACGGCAAGAUCGUUAUCCAGCUCAACGGCCGCAUCAACAAGACCGGUGUCAUCUCCCCCCGCUACAACGUCCAGCUCCGUGACCUCGAGAAGUGGGUCGUCAAGCUGCUUCCCUCGCGUCAAUUUGGUUACAUCGUCCUCACCACCUCCGCUGGUAUCAUGGACCACGAGGAGGCCAGAAGGAAGCACGUUGCGGGCAAGAUCCUUGGUUUCUUCUACUAG